AUGCGAUUUCAAAUAGGUGAUCAUGUUAAAGUAAAGGGGGAGCUUGGAGUUAUAAAAUACAUAGGAGACACUGAAUUUGCCCCUGGUACAUGGUUUGGAGUUGAAUUGGAACGGCCGAUUGGUAAGAAUGAUGGAUCGGUAAAGGGAGUGCGUUAUUUCCACUGCCGGAAUAGUGGAUUGUAUGGAGUCUUUGUUAAGGAAGAACGUCUAGAGGUCUCUGAUUCAAGGUCGAUAACAUUGAGGGGUGAUAGUGUCGAACACUUGCAGGGCCAAUUGAGAGCUACCCUCCAUGCAAAUGCGUUAUGUGAAAAGGAAUUGAAAGUACUUGAGAAUCGUUUGGAGGACCAAAUGCACUUACAUCAGCAAUUGGAAUCAAAAUUAGAAAUGCAACUGAUUGAUAAUCAGUACCUACAGGAAGCAAAGGAUACUCUCGAGACCAAAGUCGCUGAAUUGACAAAGAAUUACCAAUCACUACAAAAGGAUUACGCGGUAGUUUUAGAGGAGUUGGAAAUUGGUAAAGAGAUAGAGAACGAACUACAGUUUGUUGAUGCAGAAGAAUUUUCACCAGGGGAAAUCAAAUUGCUUAUUGAAAGGGGACGGUUAAAUGAAAAAAUAAAAGAGGAAUUGAAUACAAAGGUGCGAGCGCAAGAUACUCAAUUAUCUGAAAUGCUGAACCAGUUGCAAACCUACAAUACCAAACUCCAUGACCUAAGCACAGAUUUACUGAAUAAAAUUUCAGAAGUCUCUGCUUUGAAGGAGAAGUUAGAGUCCCUUUCUGACCUUGAGCAAAUGACAGAACAGUUAACAAUGGAAAAUGGUGAGUUAUUGUCCAAAAUCGAGAGUUUAGAACAAUCUCUUGAAGAGCUCAACGAAUUGCACACGUUGGACGCAAAAAUAGAGGCCAGCUUACAAAAGAAUGAACAAAGUUUGAAGCAUGAAAUUGAGCACUUACGAGGCGUAAUAUCUAAGGAUAAAGACAAAAUCAAGCAACUUGAGAGCCAACUAAGCUCGCCGAUGAAACAACCCAUUCCAGAUAUGAAGGAAAAUAACUUUCAAUCCACUUCCGAGCACGCUGCUGAUUUGAAGAGAAUGGAGUUAAAGCUUAGCAAGACAGAGCAGAAAUAUCGUCAAUGUGCUUUGGAAUUGCAAGUUUGCGAAUCAAAGAGUAAGAUAUACGCAGAGCGGGUCAAGUUUCAUUUCCCUACCUCUGUUGACGUAAAUUACAUCGAUCUCAUUUACGACAUGAAAGCACAGUCCGAAAUCUUGGAUAAUCUUUACGCAUAUCCCGGUCAUGAUGAAACUUUUGUAUUUUACAAGUAUGCGGUUGCGAGAAUACGGCAUUUUUGUCAGACCGUAGUUGUGAUUCUUGAGUAUAAUUACGCACACGACUGUUCAAGAUAUUUAUUUAACCAUAGCCAAGCUUACUCGAAUCAGGUUCAUGUUUUGAUCGAAGAGUUAAAAAGUUUCUUGGUGGAUCAUGAUGCUGCAGAUUCGCAAUUUCUCGAGGCAGUCCAUGACCACUUGAAGCAAGGUCUCGAUUUGUGUCAUGAAUACGUUUCAAAAUUACAUCGCGAUAACACAGAAGUACUGUAUUUGCGUGAGCAUGGAUCCCUUAUCAAGCAUAUAGAGUUUAUCUUGACGAAAUUUUUGAGCUAUUUGAAUGGUUUAGCUUCCUUGAGGGGUGUGGAUGGCAGCUUGCUGUUGUUAAUUGAGUCUAUCAAAUCUAUCAAGUCAUCGUAUGAUAAGUUGAUUCAGCAUGCCCUAUCUGAUCACCAUCUUGACAAUGUGCUGAUCAAGUAUCCACUGCCUUCAAUCGCCCAUUUGAUGAGCUCGACUACAGAGGUAUCUUUUGAACUAAUCGGAAGCAAAACUAUUGAUUCCAAAAGAGUUGACGAGCUACAUAAAGCUUGGGAAAAGUGUACUGAACUUGAAGUGUCCACCGAUCAAUCAAUUGCUGACGCAGAAACCGAAUCCAUCUAUGACUAUGUCAAAACAAGCUUAGUUGCAGAGGAAACUGAUUCCACGGGGUCGAGAACAGACAACCUCGAUGCGAAGGAGGCCCUCUUACUGAAAGAUAAAGAGAUUUCAGAUUUGAAGUUGAAUAUCUCAUUAUUGGAGCAAAACAUGAAACUUUUUACUAAAAAAACAUUGGAUCAAAUCCAACGACUCGAAAAUCUGGUUCUGUCCAUAAGCGCCGAACUGGAGGACAAAUCAAGCCAGAUUUCCAAACUUCAAGAAGAAAAUCAAUCUCUUCGAAAUCAGUCGCAAUUUUAUGGUGUCAACUUGGAUGACAUUGAGUCACAAAGGGCCUUCGAUGAAAAGAUUGAACGCAUUGAAAGAUUGAUUGAAUUAAGGGAAAGGGCAACUAAUUCGCCAAACGAUGAGAGCUUGUCGUGGUUACCAUUCCCCAAGAGAUCCAAAGUUUGGCAAAAUCGAACGUACUUACAGUGUUUAUCUAAUGAUAUCAGAAACCUAGCUACACAAACUCAGUUUAUAUGUAUUGAUUCAAUGGAAAACCAAAAAUGGACUCCACAAAACACUACACCAAGGUAUAUCAAUGCUUGCAUUGACGAGCAAUUUACUCGCUACAAACUAAAAAAAGAGAAAAAAAAAAAAAAAAAAGCACUCCCUGUCGCAUAG